GAGCGGAUGUCUAAUAAAACGGCACCAGCUUGCAGGCGUCGACCGUAACCCGCGAAGCGCAUUGUAAACCCUAAUCUGCGGCGGAACCUCUAUAUAAAUGUUUGGGUCGCGCCUCCACGGUCCAGAUUCCGCCUGUUGUGGCCUGUUGGCUUCUGCGUCUAAAUUCUGUGUAGCUACGAUUUCGAUUUCUGGGUGCUGCGUUUUCAGGAAAUAUAUCCAUAUUACUGAGUAAAUCAGGGAUCCAAACUUCCCCAUGAAUUUCUUUCUUUUUUUUUCCCCUGGAGAUUAUUUAGAAAUAUGUCUCGAACACUUGCGCUUUGAUAAAUCAUUUGGGUUGGUCUGUUAAUUGUUACCUGUUUGUACUUCCGCUGCCACUCUAACGUUUUGCAUUUGUUUACCCGCUUCAUCUGGUGUUUAAGUUUCAAUACCAGUGGAGCUACAACGGAUGCAGAGAUUGAAAGGUUGGCUUACCAGCCCAUUGCACAGCUUUGAUUCUUGCCUUGGGUCAAAUGGACCUUCCGAAACUUUCUUAUUUUGGUUUUCAAUCAUCUCUUCCCCCUUUGUGUCUCCAAUUUGCAUAGUCACCAUGGCAUGGGAUGAUUACUUUUAAUCCGCUUAUUGAUAUACUGAUAAGCUGUGCUGAUUUCAAUUCAUCUUUUUCUGAUGCCAUUACGGUAUAGAUCCAUGACAUGUUUUAUUGUUUACUUUGUUACUCCCUUCCAAAUCCAUGUAUUUUAGGUCUUUUUUUACCACUUGAAGUAGUAUUUGACACUUAAAUACGUUUAGUUUCCCUUUUUAUGCAGAUCUGGUAUGUAGUUUAGGUCUUUUACCUGAUCCUUUUUUGACAAGGGAUGGCAAAUGAUGUUAAAAUUUUCUUAUCCUACACACUGAUUUCCAUGAAGAUUCAAAACUCCGCUUAUUAUCUGAUGCCUUCCCUGUUCCUUCUUUUCGCUGUAAGUUCGAAAUGCCUUUUACCCCUCCCUCCUCUUCCCAAAUUCUCUUUGUUUUAGCUCUUAUAUUUUUUUUUGUUCUUGGAAAGUGGAUAUGGUUUUAGUGUAAUCAGUGAUGAGAGAAUGCAGACGGGCGGACUGAAAUUGAUGUCAUGUUGAUUGUCUGCCAUUUCCAUAUUUGGAAUGUCUCUGAGAUUCAUAAAGACCAAGUGUUACGCACCUAUAUUUUAUUUUUCUUUGACACUGCUGAAAUUUUUUCAUAUUUUAUGGUGUUGUAUGGUUUGGGCACAUUUCGUCAGCCUGAAUAUCGAAUCUUAUGACUGUUUUAAGCCUGCUGUGAUGAAGUUGCAUAAAAUAUGUCUGGACAUAUGAGGCUUUUCUAUGAUUAUUUGCUUCUUCUGAGCAGCAUCGUCAACACAUAAUUUACGUUCUUGUGCCCUGUGGUGCCCCGUUCUGAUAUUACUAUAAUGAUUUUGAAGUUUUGGCCACCGUUAUUGAUUCUUGGUAUCUAAUCGGGGAUAUCACGACCUGUCUCGUGAGAUAAAAUAAAAUGGAAUAAACACAAUUGAGUUUGGUAUCGUAUUUUAACGAUGGAAUGGAACGGGAAUAACUGCUGUUUAAGUACGUGGUGUCAUUCUAAUUUGCGGCUUACAUCUUGGAACAGAAUGGGGAAACGAUUAUAAUUAUUCUUUGCUAUUUUCUCAUAAACUCAAGUUAAAAUCCCAGAUAUAUCGUAGUUUACACCUGCCAGGCACCCCAAAAAUAAACAAGUCACACUUUAUGUCCUAAAGUAUCAGAACGUUACUUUAUGGUAUGUUAAUCCACGGUUUCUGUUACAUCGUUGUCUUUCACGAAACUGCAGAGUCAGGGCAAGAUUUUCCAAACGAUCAAUGACGUUUUUCUGGUUUUGCCAGUGUUGCUAAAUGCAACCGAGAUGAAGACCCAUUAAUGCUUUCUACUGCUGACGUUAGUCUUGUGUUUCCAUGUCAUUCGGUUGUAUAUAGACUGACCGCCACGAUUGGCGGGGUAGGUCUAAUGUUUUCUUCUACUAAAGUUGGAAUGAUUCAUGGCAGCUAGUUCGUAAAGGCUUGGCCUCGUUUUAGGUUGAAAGUGUGUGAGCUGUAUAGCUCUGUGUUCUAUGAUCAUCCCUGUUAAUAUUAAUUUGUUUUUGAAUACUUUUUUAAACGACGAAGGGAACAUCUUAAUUAGCUUAUCUAUUCAUUGACAUUGUCAGAUAAAGAUUCGGAUGGUAUUACAGGGAAAUUUGAAAUAACUGUUUAAUUCUGUUUAGUCUUGACCGAUUUUCCCCUUAUGAGAAAUGGGACGAACGCUUUAGUUUAAUCUGUACUUCACUUGUUUUUUUUUUCUUCUUUCUUUUCUGUAUUCCUAAUUUUGCGCACUUUUGGAUCGUGCAUACUUGAAAUUGUAUGACCAACUGGCUGCCAAGAAAUCGAAUUGGAACUAGGUUCGUUUAAAUGGUUCAGAAUUAUCCAGAUGAGUGAAUCGGGCGAUAUUUAAAAUUAAGCUUAUAAUCAAGUAGGAGCAGAACCCAUUAUUAGAUUAAGCAAAUAAAAUGGGGAACAGGUUUUGAUUUUGUUUCUCGGGCCAGAGUAUAUGAUUAUAUGAGCGGAUCAAGCGGACCGAGACCAAUCUGAUAAGCACCUCACGAGGAGAUGCAAUGUGGACCCUUUCCCAGGUCAAUCAUGAAUCCGUUGGUGACGGCUAAGGGUGGUGAAUGGUGAUGUCUGUAUUGGCUGAUUGUACCUACUCCGUUCCAAGGUCGCAGACAAUUAUUGUUAAUGGUGGCCCACAGCCCACAGCUUUCCCAUCGAUUCACCCUUUGUUAUCUUCUCUUUUAGUUGUGAAAAUAGGCACAGCUUCUAUCUCUAAUUACUCAGAUGAAGAUCCAUCCAUAGCAGUGUUUCCGGCCGGAAUGAAGAGAGAAAGCUCUGAAGCCGGACAAGCAAUGGGCAAGAGCCACUACAUGUUCUGGGUAUUUACUGCCAUUAUCCUUUUAGCUGUUUGGUCACUGUUCACAGGCUCCCUCACUCUCAAAUGGUCUGCUCCCAACCUUUCCCGUUUCUCCUUUGAUUUGGAUUCUCGGGUUCUCGACGACCUUGAUGUGCUGGAAGUGGAGGAGAGGGAGAAGUUAGUGAAGCGCAUGUGGGAUGUGUACACGCACUCCAGUACCAUUCGGUUACCUCGAUUUUGGUCGGCGGCUUUUCAGGCUGCUUACGAGCACUUGGUCAGUGAUGUUCCAGGCGUUCGAGACUCUGCCAUCUCUGAGAUUGCUCAGAUGUCAUUGCGUUCAUCUGAUUUAGACAUCCUUCCUCUUCAAUCAGAAUCGUUCUUGUCUUUGAAGUUCAAUUUCUUGAUGGGCUGUUGUGAGACUGUUUUCAAUUGCAAUUCAAACAAUCGUUGCCGAAUCCUUUAAUUACAUUGCGAGAGAUGUCGAGAGUCCCAUGCAGCGAUUACAAUUAGGAUUCAGUGACUCUCUUCUUUAUGCUUCUUCCAUCUGACUCGAAGUCUUAAUGUGGCUCAAGCACAUUGCUUCUGCCUCUCACCAAGCAUUAGGCCGAACGUCACUGCUGGUUACUACUAUAACUAGGAACAAACAUUCAUGCUCUGCUGCUAAGCUUGGUCACAUCUUCAGGAUCAGCAUGUGAAGGAAAAUUAAGCAAGAAAAGAGAAGGCAUGGGAAGUACAGUUGGCAAUGACAGACAACAAGAAUCCUUCAUUUUAAAGCGGACGAUUAGCACUGGUUUCGAUUUUCAGCUGAUGUACAGCCUUCAACAAUGCAUAUCAUUGUUUAUGAAUUCCCUUGUCUCUGUCCCAAGCUCAUCUUCCAAAUGAAUAGAGUGCUGUUCCUAGCCUAGGGGUGUCAAGUUUGAAAUGUAAAAGUUGCUCGCGGUGUAAACCUCACUUUCAAUUUUAAAUUAUUGUGUUGCAUUAACUUACCAUGGAUAUUAUUACCAAAAUAUAAGUUUGCUUUCAUAUGCUUCGACAUAUUUUCUGUUAUUAA